AUGUGUGAAGCAUUCAAUAGGGAAAUUCUGGAGCAUAUGGAGAAGCCUAUUAUCACCCUAUUGGAAGGCAUUAAACAUUACAUCACCAAGAGGAUUGCAAGUCAGAAGGAAUUUCUACAGGGCUACAAAGGAUCCAUAUGCCCUAAAAUUCAGUUGGUACUUAAGAAGAAUAAGAAGCAAGCACAAGGGUGGAGUCCUACAUGGCAUGGUGAUGAUGACCUAUCCAUAUUCGAUGUCAACAAUGGCAUUGAUGCUUAUUGUGUUUAUUUGAAGAAGGAAACUUGCUCAUGUAGGAAGUGGGAAUUGAGUGGUAUACCUUACUGCCAUGUCAUUGCAUGCAUAAGGACCACCAAAAAACAUCAUAAAGAUUAUGUUGCUGCAUAUUAUAGGAAAUCAACAUUUAUGGAAACUUACUUCCACAUUGUGUUUCCAAUCAAUGGACCACAAUUGUGA